AUGGAAUUAAUGGAAGACAAUUUUAAACAUUCAGCAGAGCGAUUGGAUAAACCAUCUGCAUAUUUACGAAGAAAGGCAAGAAACAACAAUUUUUCUGAUGUAGAACGGGCAUUAACUCUGAAAACUGUUUAUGUUGGGAAUUUAUCAAGAUUUACUACAGAAGAACAAAUACAUGAAUUAUUCCUGAAAUGUGGAGCUAUAGAUAGAAUCAUUAUGGGAUUGGAUAGAAAUAAAUUAACUCCAUGUGGAUUUUGUUUUGUCAUAUAUAGAACUGAACAAGGAUCACUAAAUGCCAUGAAAUAUUUACAAGCAACAAUUUUGGACAGUCAAAGUAUUUCAAUUGAUUUGGAUCCUGGAUUCCGUGAAGGAAGGCAAUUCGGAAGAGGGAAACACGGAGGUCAAGCAGCCCAAGAAGCUGCUGCAGCAGCGGCUGCAGGCAUAGACACUAGAAGUGAAGGUGGAUUUAGAGGAGGUUUCCGUGGUGGAUUCAGAGGUGGAUAUAGAGGCAGAGGUGGGUUUCGAGGACGUGGAGGUGGUGGUUUUAGAGGUGGGUUCCGUGGUGGUAGAGGACGCGGGGGUUAUAGAGGAAGAGGUGGAGGUGGUGGAUAUAGAAAUAUGGAAGCCUCAGUGUAUAUCCCAUCUAAUGACCCUACUUUUGAUGCACCCACUACAUUCAAUCCAAUGCAAUCAGAUCUGAGUAAUCAAUAA